GCGGUGUCUGUUGGAUCGUUCGGUUCGGUGCGCGGCGCGUUCUCCGGCUCGGGACAGAAGCGCGCCCGGCUCUCGUUUCGACUCGGCCGUUCGCGCGGUGGAGCUCUCUCCCGUGCGGGGAGGGCGAGAGAGAGAGAGAGAGAAAUCUCGCGCGCGUAUACGAGCCUUCUUUUUCUCGCGUUGUUUCCAGCGACGAGCGAGGCCAGCCAACCGCGGCUCUGGCGGAAGUCGACCGGCCGUGUACACACACACACACACAUUCACACGCAUCUCUCUUACUCCGUUCCUCGCGACGCGCGCGCGCACGCACGCACACGCUCCGUACGUUCGACGGAGAGCGACGACGUCGGGGCUGUGUUACGAGACGCGACUGUACCAGCUGUGGUGACGCGACACGCUCUCGGAGGGGAGGCGAGUGUAUUAUGCCGUGCACUGUGUUCUCUCGUUUGUAAUCCUGUCCCCCUAAUCCUGUCCCCCGUGCGUUCGGGCCGCGAAGGCGCGCGAGGCCAAGGGGGGGGGGGGGGGGGGAUUUUGCUUUCUUUCGCGCAUCGCGUCUCAGUGUGCGACGAAUGUUUUCUCCGCCGAGGCUCCGUUAGCGCCGAGGGAACAAAGGGAGACAGCCCAGGGAGGCCAGCGGCGACCAGGAGAGAGAGACGGAGCGAGAAGACCUGCCGCACGUACACAGUCGUCGUAUCGAUCGAGAGCUGGUCCCACUUGAGGUCACGAACUUCUCGGGAAAUUAGUCUACCUCGGCGGGACUUGUUGUUGGAUAGCAUGCAAGGACGCGAGGCGCAUUGUUCGGCGGUUACAAGGCGAUGAGAAGCCUGAAUGGAGUCAGAGGAAGCCUCAGAGCCCCCUGGGGCACCCGCCGAUGUUCCGUUGACAGAGCAACGCAACCGGGUCAAUCUUGUCGCUGCACUUAAGCCGAUCUGAACCGCCAGCCAUCUCGCCAUUUACACCAGACCUGCAUUUACUCGCGGCGCUCCGGAGAGCCAGAGGGAGAGAGAUAGAGGAGAGAACAGCUUAUCCAAUCAGAUAUCCGAUCAGAUACGUCCAGGCGACCUGAGACGCGCGAGCACACGGAUUGAAACCGAUAUAGUGAAACCCAUGCCAAAGAUCUACUUACGCCAAUCGAUUUACACUAGAGAACCCCGAUAAGCUUGAACGCGCGAUCCCGAGAGAGGCGACGCGACGGAAGGGACUCGUCUCGGGCGUAACAGGUCCAGGAGUAGAGCGGGACAUCGGGAGCAUCGAGAUGGCGGCGCCGGUGAUCGAGAAGAAGCGCUUCUUCUGCCGAGAAUGGGCCUUCACGAAGCUGUCGCAUUGCCUGGAGCAGCGGCCGCAGUCGAAGACGUGCGGCGCCCUGAUCGUCGGCGGCCCGGGAAGCGGCAAGACGGCGCUCUGCGCCGAGUUAGCGUGGCCGUCGAACGGCGCCUCCGCGAGGCAUCAGCGCUCCCUGAAUCGCCGCCUGCUGGCCCGACACUUCUGCCAGGCUAGAAGCGAGGCCUCGCUGUCGCCCGCUCAAUUCGUGCGCUCGCUGGUGGCCCAACUGCUCCAGGCCAGUUCGGACGGCGUCCAUCAUCGCGCGCCGUCCGCGCCCAUCUCGCCGGCGGCGUCCGCGGGGAACGCGGCCGCGACCACGACGACGCUCGCCGCGACGACGACGGCGAUGACAACGGCGACGAUAACGACGACGACGACGACGACGACGGCGACAACGACGACGGCGGCGGCGGCGAUACCUACGCCGACGACGACGCCGACGACGAUCGUCGCGACCGCGCCGCCUCUCACGUCCAGGGAGGCCAUCGCCGAGGCCUACGCCGAGAAGCUGCGGACCGACCCGGACAUACAGGCCGCGCUGCAGCCGGACGUCCUGGACCGCGAUCCGGACGACGCCCUGAAGAAAGCCCUGCUGUUCCCGCUGUUGGAGGUCGAGCCGCCGAAGAACUGCCUCUUCCUGCUGGUGGACUCCAUCGACGAGGGCCAGACGUUGAAUCCACCGCAGACCGGCACCAGGGACUCCCGGAGGGAGAACGACAACGUCAGUCGUACGAUAGCUGAAUUGCUGGCUAAUCACCAUCACCUGUUCCCGCAGUGGCUCUUGUUGGUCUGCACCGCACGACGGCAGAGUAAGACCAUCUCGCGCAUGUUCACCGGCUUUCGCAAGAUCUCGCUGGACGACCUGAGAAAGUCCCAGGUCGUCAGGGACGUUCAGCAGUACAUCCUCGCGCGGCUCGAUCAGGAAGACGCGCUCAGGCAGCACAUCUCGCGCGACACCGCCGAGAUGCUGAACCAGCUGCACAUAAAGAGCAACGGCUGCUUUCUGUACCUGGAGAAAGUUCUCGACGGCGUGGCGGAGAACUUCAUUGUUCUGCGCGAGGUGCGGGAGAUACCGGGAACGCUGAACGGCCUAUACCUCUGGCUCUGCCAGCGACUCUUCAGCAGGAAGCAAUUCAGCAAGGUGCAGCCUCUACUCAACGUUAUACUCGCCGCCAAAUUGCCCAUCACUCAGGAGAUCCUGUACGAGAGCGUGAAGACGGCCUGCGUCGGCAUCACCGUCGAGGACUUUAAUCGCCGGCUCCAUUUGCUGCGCCGAGUGAUAUCGGUCUCGCGUGCCGGCGCAUUGAUGCUCUUUCACCACAGCUUCGCCGAGUGGCUCCUGGACGUGAAGCACUGCACCCAGAAAUAUCUUUGUUCGGCCACCGAGGGCCACGCCAUGCUGGCGGCCUACUACACUCUGCGCGGCCCCGAGCUCAAUCCCGACGAGAUCUGCGUGCUGGCGCAACACCUGCAACGCGCGAUAACGAGCAUUCCGGUUAGCACCACGUUGGACGUCCACACUCUUCAAGUGCUCUGGAUGAUCGGCAGUAACGCACCCAUCGAGGCCUGUUAUCUGGACAGCUCCGAGUGUAUUCUUUGGCCCAGGCAGGAUGUUAAGCUGCUGAGACUGCUGAUCGACGCCGGCGCUAGGCCGUCUGAGAAAACGGUCGACGACGAUGCUAGCAAAGAUGCUAUUUCUUCUAGUCAGGUUUCGCAAGAUGUGAGCCCCAUUGACGAAUCUCCGAGUGAGCCAUUAACAGAGCUUCUCGGUGAAAGCGGAGAUAUCAAUCAAACGGACUCUUACGGACGAACGGUGUUACACACUUUAGCUGCCGAUGGCAAUGCAUCUCUCCUGGAAUUGGCGCUUGCAGCUUGUCCGCAGGCAAAGUUGGAAGCGGUCGACCGGAAUGGACAGACACCGUUGAACUUGGCCGCCAGGCACGGUUACGCGGACGUGGUGCGCGUUCUCCUAGCUGCCGGCGCGAGGGCGGAUCACGCGGACUGUGACGGCUGGACCGCCCUCAGGGCCGCCGCCUGGGGAGGACAUACUCAGGUGGUCGAGCAACUUCUGAAGCACGGGGCUAUGGUAGAUUGCGCGGAUUGGGAUCAACGAACUGCGUUAAGAGCCGCCGCAUGGGGCGGCCACGAGGAUAUCGUUAAGGCCCUCUUAAAGCACGGCGCGGACGUUAACAGGACGGACGACGAAGGUAGAACCGCUUUAAUCGCCGCGGCGUAUAUGGGUCACAGCGAGAUCGUGGAACAUCUUUUGGACUUCGGCGCCGAGAUCGAUCACGCGGACAGCGACGGUAGAACUGCGCUCAGCGUCGCCGCGCUUUGCGUUCCUGCCAAUCACGGAUACGCGAAGGUAGUCACGAUACUUUUAGAGCGAGGCGCCACCGUGGAUCACGAGGACAAAGACGGCAUGACUCCGCUAUUGGUCGCCGCGUUCGAGGGUCACCGCGACGUUUGCGACCUGCUUCUGGAAUUCGACGCGGACAUGGAUCAUUGCGACGUCACCGGGAGAACGCCUUUGUGGGCGGCCGCGAGCAUGGGACACGGAUCGGUCGUCAAGCUCUUGUUGUACUGGGGCUGCUGCGUCGACACUAUAGACAACGAAGGCAGGACCGUUCUCAGCGUGGCCGCUGCCCAGGGCGGCACGGAUGUCGUGAAGCAAUUGCUCGCCAGAGGCCUAGACGAGCAGCAUAGAGACAAUUCCGGCUGGACCCCACUACACUAUGCGGCGUUCGAGGGUCACGUUGACGUUUGCGAGGCGUUACUGGAGGCUGGCGCGAAGAUUGACGAGACGGACAAUGAUGGAAAGAGCGCUAUUAUGCUCGCGGCGCAAGAGGGGCACACGUCGUUAGUAGAGAGAUUGCUGAAACAACACAGCGCGCCUAUAGAUCAGCAUGCCCACGAUGGUAAAACCGCUUUAAGGCUUGCGGCUCUAGAAGGACAUUACGAUGCCGUAAAGAUAUUAUUAUCGCAUAAUGCUGACGUUAACGCGAAGGAUGCCGAUGGAAGGAGCACUCUCUAUAUACUCGCGUUAGAAAACAGAUUAGCUAUGGCGAGGUUUUUGCUGGAACACGCGAACGCAGAUAUCGAAAGUAGAGAUUCGGAAGGCAGAACAUCGUUGCACGUAAGCGCCUGGCAGGGACACGUCGAAAUGGUAGCGUUAUUGCUAACCGAGGGUGGGGCCAGCGUAAACGCUUGCGACAAUGAAAAUAGAACGCCGCUUCAUUCGGCCGCUUGGCAAGGACACGCGGCGAUCGUCAGGCUGCUUCUGGAACACAGUGCCACUCCCGACCACACUUGUAAUCAAGGUGCUACGGCUCUAGGUAUAGCCGCUCAGGAAGGACACGAGCAUUGUGUUCGGGCGCUUUUGAAUCAUGGAGCCGAUCCCAAUCACUCCGAUCAUUGUGGACGUAAUGCUAUUAAAGUAGCUGCUAAAAGUGGUCACGAUACAGUUGUUAGAUUGUUAGAAGAGCAUUCUGCGAAUCAACGCAGUUUGAGGCCCGGCAUCAAUGGAGGUGGUAGCAGUAGUGCUACUUCUGUGACAUCCAAUUCGACGGCUGAGACUAAACCUUCGUCGGCGAUUCUGAAUCCUCUGUCGACGCAGUACAGCCCAGCUGAAUCACCGGACUCGACGAAGCGACGCAGUUGCGUUUCUCUAGGCAACAAUUCGAGCAACAGCAAAUCUAGCAGCAACUUAACCGGCAGCACUAAGAGCGAUCAAGGAAAGUUUAAUCAAAACUCGAUGGUUAACUGUCAGGUAAUUAAGACACCAUUAUCUUUCACACAACAACUACAGCAAUGUUCAAGGGGAGCAAAGAGUCGGCCACUCAGCAAAUUACUAUCACCGUUGAAAAGCGAGCCGCAAAGCCCGAUAUACGCCUCACCUCCGCACUCUCCGUUAAGCGACAGCCUUAUUCCUUACUCACCUACAAACACGAGUCCACCUAGUGCUCAAACGGCAGUUAACGUGAUACAGAGUCAGCUGGGCGUAUCGUUGCUGGCAGCAAAUCCGAAUAUGCCGUACAAAGCGCAGAUCGGAGGAUACAAUCAUACGCCGGUCAUCUACGAGCCUAUCAAUAUUAAAACCGAGAUUAUCGAUAGGAAUAACAUUAGCAAGCCGUUCGAAUUAACAAACGAAAUGUUAGGCUUGCACAUUGGGAAGGAUAGGGAGAACGGGCAUGAGGAGAAACGGAAUUCGGCCGACACGCAUUUUACGCGAGAUACUCAUAUGAGAAUAAUAUUGGGAAAUAGCGGCGCUGGCGUUGGUAGAAGCGUCAAGCACAUUUCGGAUCACACACCCGGCAGACUUUGCAGAAAUCACAAUGGUCGUAUACGGAAGACACACCGCUUCAUGAGCGAUAGGCUCUCCUUCCUUUUUCAACCCUCCCGAGCGAAAAAAGAUAGAAUAUGUAGUCAAGGAGGACAUACGACAAUUGCGAGUAAUGUGAAACCAAAGCGUAAUGGCUUGGUGUCCAACAACCCAGCCAUGAGAUUAGUAGCGGGCGUUAGAAACGGAAUUGAGAAUGCUACAAAUAGAAAUAAGCCUAUUACAACGCGUGUAAAUGGAUUUCAAUGGAAGGCGGAGGCGCGCAAGGAAACACCCUUGUAGGGACAGGCUGUAUCUUACGGAUUGCCUCGACGAAGAACUACGAGUCAACACCGUGGAUGGCGAUCUGUUGCGAACAAAAAGCGAAAGUCAAUAAACAAAUUUUUCUCUGUUUAUUUGAGCAAAAUCAAAUUACCUCAAAUAAAAAGGAAGAGGAAGGAAGAAUGAAUAUUUCACAGCGUGGAAAACUGAGAGAUCGCGUAGCACACAAAACCAAAUAUUAAUUUGCAUAGGGAAAGUAUGUGUAGACAUAGAUAUGUAAACUUACGAAACAUGACUUUGUAUAAAUAUAACAUUAAUGGAAUUAUUUACUGAUCUCACUAAUGUAAUACGCGCGUACACAUAUACAUAUGCGUUCGUAUUGGGUGUGUGUAUGUGUAUGUCUGUAUGCGACGCUUAUACAGAAUAUCGCAAACACUGCCCAGUCUCCGAACCGCACUGGUUUUCAGAAGAGGAGCUACUUCGAUUUGCAACAGUCGGGGGUAAAGAGAAAAGUCGCUGAAGUUUGUUAUCAAGAGAAAUUGAUCAGCUUUUGAGGUAUUCUGUAUAUAUACUUAAAAAAUAUUAAAUUGAAGAGAGAGAGAAACUUUAGUCGUGAUGUUAAUGCCAGAAUAGACGAUAAAGUUUUAACGAUGAAAAUUUCUUCAGAAGACUGGAUGCAAAUAGAAUGCAUAUGUGAUCUUUUAAUGGGUAACUUUAAACCGAGAAGAAUAUUGUAAAGAUAUGUAUAAAUUAUAUUAAGAGAGGACGUUAAAGACAAAAAAACGAUAUUACGGACUUAAUACAAAUACGUAAAGUUAUGGCCUGAAAAUGAGGAACGUGUGUAAAUACCCCCCUCGUAAUGUCUCUCGCAACAUAUUUAUUAUACUGUAAUAGGUGCGAAAUAAAUAAAACUAGAAAAGAA